CCUUGACUUAAAUACCUACUGCCGAAACGGCUAGUAAUACAUCAUUUUUAAUCUCGGAUUUAAAACGAUAUUUCAUUCGUUGACGCGUGUGCUUAUAAUUAAUCAAUUCUAAUCCUUUAACGUUCGACAUCCAUAGUUGUUCAUAGUACCUGGAUACCACCCAACGAGUGACCCUAUCUACAACCAUGUUGUGGAAACAAUCUACUGCGUAAGCCUCAUCAUUUAAUCCCAGAUACCCCGAACUGUGCUGAUGAAUUCAAUAGGGCUGUCGCCGGUCUUUUAUCUUCGGCGAAAGGCCUUGCACAACCCAAACUAUCUGCACGUGCUACAGGAACAAUCGACAACUAUCUCACCUCGGAAAGCCCAGUCGCUCUUCAAGGUGUCUUGAAUAACAUUGGCCCUAAUGGCUCCAAGGCUCCUGGUGCCAGUGCCGGAAUUGUUGUUGCCAGUCCAAGUACAGUUGAUCCUAACUGUGAGUCGAUCAAUACUAAGUCCUACAUCAACUUGGCAUUCGAUACUAAUUUCAAUUAGACUUUUACACGUGGACUCGUGAUUCGGCUUUGACUUUCAAAUAUCUAAUUGAUACUGCCAAUUCAAGCUACCAAACUCUCAUUGAGGAUUAUGUAACUUCUCAAGCAAAGCUUCAAACAGUCGAAAAUCCUUCGGGAGAUCUCGAGUCAGGUGCAGGUUUGGCAGAACCAAAAUUUUACACUAAUGAGACUGCCUUUUUAGGAGAGUGGGGACGUCCUCAACGUGAUGGACCGGCUCUACGUGCAACAGCUUUGAUAUCCUUUGGAAAUGACCGCCUUGCUUUGGGACAGAACGAUACUGUCAAGGAUAUUAUCUGGCCUAUUGUUCGGAAUGACUUGGCCUAUGUCGCACAGUACUGGAAUUUAUCCGGCUUCGACUUAUGGGAAGAGAUUAAUGGAUCCUCGUUUUUCACUACCGCUGUUCAACACCGAGCAUUGGUGGAGGGAACAAAAUUUGCCACUGCCCUUGGAGAAUCAUGUGCAGACUGUGAGGCGCAAGCCCCUGAGGUUCUUUGCAUGUUACAAAACUAUUGGAAUGGAACCAGUAUCAAUUCAAACAUCAAGGUACAAUCAACAACCUAUGAUCGUUCCGGAUUGGACUGUAACUCGAUCUUGACUUCGAUACAUACCUAUGAUCCUGAUCCAGCUGUGGGAUGCGACUCCACCACUUUCCAGCCCUGUUCCGACCGUGCUCUCGCAAAUCACAAAGUGCUGGUUGAUUCUUUCCGUUCUAUCUACACCGUCAAUUCAGAUGCUUCAGCAGGUCAAGCAGUGGCUAUUGGUCGUUAUCCAGAAGAUUUCUAUCAAGGAGGAAAUCCCUGGUAUAUGUGCACGUACGCAGCAGCAGAACAACUAUAUGAUGCCUUGUGGACAUACAAUAGUACCAAAAAUAUCAUCGUAACGGAUGUCAGCCAGCCUUUCUUUGCCGACCUGGUCCCAGGAAUAGAGAAAGGAACCUUUGCAAGUGACUCGACUCAGUAUGCGGAUAUAGUCAAAGCCAUGCAAGAUUAUGCAGAUGGCUUCGUGGCAGUUGCCGAGAAAUACACCCCAGAAGAUGGAGCCCUCGCCGAACAAUUUUCUCGCGAGAAUGGCACAGCCUUAAGUGCAGGAGAUCUUACAUGGUCUUAUGCAUCAUUCCUCACGAUGCAACGUGCUAGAGAAGGAAAACCUGGUCCUAGUUGGGGAGCUGCAAGUGCUAUUGCGAAAGGUGUUCCAGAUAAGUGCUCGGGUGGUGGUGUAAAGGGAUCUUAUUCUACUCCUGCUGUUAAGGCAUUCCCUAAGGAUGAAGAGGGCACUUUCGGGACAAAUAGUAGCUCGGCUUCAGCUGCUGGAACGGGAACAGCGACUGGUACCGCGACGGGUAGUGCGGCGAGUGCGGCAAAAUCGAAGAGUGCCGGAAACAGACUUACGCCUUUGGGAUUUCUCCGAUUUUAGGAGUAGAGGGAGACUGUUUAGAUGGAUAGUGACUAGAGAUUUUCUGAGAUUUUGGGAAAGUUUUUCGUGAACGUGUGGUAUGAUAUUUUUAUGAUGGUAUACGUAAUGGCUUGAUUGAAUUCUAUUUGAUGUUGGAUUAGUUGUAGGGUAUUGAUGUAAGACUUAUUUACAAGAGAUGAGACACGAGGGGUACUUUCAUACCAGAUGAUGAUUAAUUUUACUUCUGGAUUCGGCUCUGCUAUGUCCAAUGGAUAUUCUAUGCCUGUCUGGCUUUUAUUAACUAAUUAAUUCUAUGUACUAAUUCAUUAUCUGAAAC